AUGGAUGCCUAUCAAGAUACAUUGUACGCACAUGUGAAAAGACAAUUCUACCGAGACUGUACAAUCUCCGGCACCAUUGAUUUCAUCUUCGGUGACUCUCCGUCGAUCUUCCAAAACUGCAAAAUGGUAGUGAGGAGGCCAAUGGAAAAUCAACAAAACAUUGUGACUGCACAAGGACGAAAGGAUCUCCGCCAACCUUCCGGCAUUAUCCUCCACAAAUGCAAGAUCGUCGCAGACCCUGCGCUCUAUCCAUUGAGGCACACUAUCAAGAGCUACCUCGGUAGGCCAUGGAAGCAGUACUCAAGAACUAUCAUAAUUCAGACUGAGAUCGACGAUCUUAUUGCCCCCGAAGGGUGGUUACCUUGGGUCGGAGAUUUCGGUUUGAAUACUUGCACAUAUGCGGAAUUGGAAAACACAGGUCCCGGAUCAGUGACUGAUAAGAGAGUGAAAUGGAAGGGUAUCAAGAAAAUAAACUACACCAAAGCGAGCAGGUACUCGGUGGAGAGAUUUAUUCAAGGACACUUAUGGCUGCCGGCGACCGGAGUGCCGUAUAUGGCCAAUUUUGUGCAAAAGUGA